GGUCUCUGCGGGUCGGGAGGGCAGGAAUGUCUCUCCAGAGGAGCCCGGGGGCACGGCCCCGCACGACCCCCCGCUCCUCCAGGCAGCCCUCCGGGGGCCGGGAGGACUCCCCGGAGGACCGCCGGAGCAGGGGGGGCCGCGCGUCCAGAGAUCCUUUCAGGGAGACCAUCUGGGAAGAGGACGACCCCGUGAUCCUGUAUCCGACCGGCGCCGGUUCGACCGGCAGCUCGGACGAGAGCGGCGCCACGUCCUCGCUGUCGGGCGGCCGGCCGGCGGGCGCCCGCUCGCCCGACCUCCGGGUCUCGGCCGCCUUCCGCCAGCACCUGCACGAGCUCAAACUGGCCUCGCCGGGCGGGCGGCUGGACCUGGGCGGGCUGCCCUCCUCCUGCCCCCACUCCCGCCGGGCCCGCCGCCCGCCGCCCGCCCCCCUGGACCUGGACGACGCCGACCUGGACACGGAGACCACCUCCACCCCCUCCGAGUCCACCGUGGCCCUGGAGGUGCCCGACGCGCCCUUCGUCCACAAGCACACCGUCGACGACGUCACGGCCACGAUCACCUGGGAGGGCCCGGAGGCCAAGCAGCGCGUCAGUUUCUACCAGGUGAUGCUGCGUGUGCUGGAGACCCCCGACGGGGUGGGGUCCGUGGACGCCCCGGACCCCUGGGUCUUCAACCAGAUCGCGGGCUCCACCAUCAAGCUCGUGGACCUGCGGCCCGGCACCAGAUACUGCCUCAGCGUCCGGGCCGCCAACACCGCCGGGGCCGGGGAGUGGUGCCCCCCCUACAAGUUUGCCACCCUGGCCGGGGGCGAGAGAGGCUUCGAGAAGAGCCCCGUCCGGGUCACGGUGCGGAGGGGCAAGGAGACGCAGAGAAGGACCGUCCACCUGGGGGGCGGCGAGGGGAAGGGCCCCGAGCGGCAGCCCCCCGAGCCGGAAGAGGGGCGGCCCUUCCUCCCCGGACGCCCUCCCCGCCCGGCUCCGAGGUGGUGUCCCCGGGCAGGCCGAGGGGAGGACGCGCCACCGGGAACCGCUCAUUAAAGGACGAUUCGCUA